AUGGCCCCCCCUCCCUACGCCUCUCCCACGGCGCCCUCCCCUUCCUCUCGGGUUCCUGCCCCCUCCCCCUCCACUCCGGCCCCUUUCGCCCCUGCUCCCGCCCCUGAGGCUUCACCGCCGGCCCGGAUCCUCCGGCCCUUACCCCUGUCUUGUAUCCUCCCCUUCCCCCCGUCACUCCCUUCUCGUCUCCGGUUAGCUCCCACACUCGCUCCCAUAGCAACCCUCCAGGGGCCUCCCCUCCCCUCCCCCAGCCCCGCUACUCCCCCUGCGACAAGUAGCCGGAGCCGAGGGCCUGGCCCAGACUCCCCUGAGUCCCCCACUGGGGCAGCUACCUUGGCCAAUCAUUUUAUCUCCCAAUCCGCACCUGACAUCCGAAGAAAACUGGCCAAGGCCGAGGAUGGCCCUCAGACCCCUAUUCGAGACCUGCAAACCCAGGCCUUGGUAGCGGCCCUGCAACCGGCGGCGGGCUCAGGGCCCCAAAACCCCCCUCCGGGGGCCUGCUUCAAGUGCGGCCAAGAAGGACACUGGGCCAAGAUGUGCCCCAAUCCGCAGCCUCCUUCCAAGCCGUGCCUGUUGUGCAAACAACGAGGAUACUGGGCUAGUAACUGUCCCCAGGCCUCUCGGGCCCCGACCUCUAGGGGCCAGGGACCAGAGCAUCCCAGGGAGAUCUCCUGCCCUCCUUCGGCCUUGGAGCUGCUGAGCUUCGACGAUGACUGA